AUGGCGUCCUCGUCUUCGUCGCUGCAGCUCCAGGAGCUGCUGAACUCUCCUGAUCCAAACACCAGUCCUCCUCCAACCGGGUUGGUUCUAACCGACUGUGUUCUUCUGCCUCCUCAGGCUCUGAACGGGUUCGUUCUGGUCAUCACCGCCAGCGGAACCAUCUUCUUCUCCUCCCACACCAUCCAGGACUACCUGGGCUUCCAUCAGACUGAUGUGAUGCACCAGAGCGUCUACGAGCUGGUCCACACCGAGGACCAGCAGGAGCUCCGGAGGAACCUCCACUGGGCUCUGAACCCUCCUCCUCCUCCUGCGGCGGCGACGACGGCCAUCAGCCAGGACUCGCCACCAGACGUGGAGCCCGACAGCAGCUCGUCUCUGGUCACCUACAAACCCGAGCAGCUGCCUCCAGAGAACUCGUCCUUCCUGGAGAGAAGCUUCGUCUGCCGGUUCCGCUGCCUGCUGGACAACUCCUCCGGCUUCCUGGCUCUGAACAUCCAGGGCCGCCUCAAGUUUCUGCACGGCCAGAACCAGCGGCAGGAAAACGGAGGGAAGGCGCCGCCGCAGCUCGCCUUGUUCGCCAUCGCCACGCCUCUGCAGCCGCCGUCCAUCCUGGAGAUCAGAACCAAGAACAUGAUCUUCAGAACCAAACACAAGCUGGACUUCACGCCGCUCGCCUGCGACGCAAAGGGGAAGAUCGUGUUGGGCUACACGGAGGCUGAGCUCCGGGUCCGAGGUUCUGGCUACCAGUUCAUCCACGCGGCCGACAUGUUGUACUGCGCAGAGAACCACGUCCGGAUGAUGAAGACCGGAGAAAGUGGUCUGACGGUGUUCCGGCUCCUCACCAAGGAGAACCGGUGGAAGUGGGUCCAGGCCAACGCCCGGCUGGUCUACAAGAACGGGAAAGCGGACUACAUCAUCGCCACCCAGAGACCUCUGCUGGAUGAAGAAGGAGGCGAACACCUGCGUAAGCGCUCCAUGCACCUUCCCUUCACCUACGCCACCGGCGAGGCGCUGCUCUACCAGUCCAACCAUCCCAUCGCCGUCUUCAGAGACGGAGGCCUGGAGAAGAACGGCAGCAAGUCGAAGAAGAGCCGGACCGACCGCCUGGUGAGGGACGGCGUGGACCCCGGCUCCCUGCUGGGGGCGCUCAUGAGCCAGGACGAGUCGGUGUACGUCUGCCAGCCGGCCCUGGAGCCCAAGAUGUCGUUCCACAGCAGCUUCUUCGGGGAGCAGAUGGGCUUCUCUGACCCGGAGCCCUCCGGCCUGAGGAGGAGCUGGGGCGAGCCGGCUAACGGCGGGGUGGCUCCGGCCGUCACAGAGCCCGGUACCAGCUUCGACCCGCUGCUGGCCACCCUGGACUCCCUAUCUUUGGAAGGUCAGGGGGUUGUGGACGCAGACGAGGGCGGCUGUUCGAACGGCGAGCUGUUCGGGGCUCUGGAGGGUCUCGGGCUUAGCGCCGAGGACCUGGAGCUGCUGCUGCUCGAUGAGCGGAUGAUCCGAGUCGAGAUGGACCCAGAACGAGUGCCGACGUUGGACGACCUGCUGACGAAUGACGAGAUCCUCUCGUAUAUCUACGACUCCAUUGAGGGAAAAACCGACUCGGCGGAUCACGGAGCUCAGGCGCCUCCCAGUACCUCCUCGGUCAGCUCCACGACGGUGUCGCUGCCUGGAAGCAACCAUCCGACUGACGCUACCGUGCAGAUGCAGUUUCCUCACUGUAAGCCUCCUCCGAUGGGGCAGGCUCCCAUCGUGCAGCUGUCGCAGCAGAUGCAGCAGCACCUCAGCAUGCGAACUGGUAAAGGGUCGCACGACUGGAACCAGCAGAGCGACCGCCUGACCAACACCUUAGUUAACGGAGAUCUUCUGGGACAGAACCAGUCGAUCCCCAACGGACAAUGGACAGCGCAGGACAUCCUGGCCACGGCAGGGAUUCAAAUGGAACACUUUCACGCACCGCAGACUGUUUUCAGUGACAAGGCCUCGGACCUGGACCUCCAUCAGCAGCACCAACACUACCAACCCAGGACACAGAACCAGCUCUCCCAGCAGUGCCACGCCAAACAGAAGGCAGCCAACCUCAACGGACUGAGCGGCAUCUCCAGCAGGGAGCAUCCGGCAGGAAAGUCCCAGUGGCAGGACUUUGGGUUCAGCGAGAGUCUGGGCAGCAGCUCCUGCCUCGACAACAGCCAAAAACCUCUCACCAACACCUCACUAGAGUCGUGCAUGGAUUAUAGCAUGCCCGACAUGGACAAUGCGGAUUACACUCUCAGUGGAAGCAGUUUGUUUGGGAGGCAGCAGCAGGCGGCCGAGUCCACGGUUCCGUCCUUCCAGGGGAUGAACCACAAACGGCAGCCGGAGCAGAUCCCGGUACCGCUGGCCCAGGUCCUGUCCAGCCUGUCGCAGUGUCCGCCGCCCAACGCCUCCCUGGAGCAGAUCCUCGGGGUGGGGAAGCCCUGCCGGCAGCUGGACCACUACGGCAUGGUGACCUCCGAGAUCCAGCACGAGCCCGGUCACAGUAAGAUGGAGAACGGCUGCAUCCUGAACACCUCCUACCCGGCCGGCUGCUCGCUGCCCAACGGGACCGGACCGGCGCCGCCUGCCGUCCAGCUGCCCGAGACGCUACCGAGCCUCCCCGACCCGCCGGCCACCGGCUUCUACCUCUGA